AUGUCUGCCUCGGAAGUCAAAGAGCACUUUCCAGUGUUCUUCCCUUCCCAGCAACCACUUGGCACUACAAAGUUUCUUUUCAUGGGUGAAGGGCGAUCAGUGUUCAAAAUGGCCCACUGCUUGUCGGGCCUAGGUCAUAUUUUACCUAUAAAACAGGCGCGCUCUCUCCCUGUCUCAGCACUGUCUAUCGGACGAUAUGCACCGUUUCCCACUACCCGACGAGCAGCCAGCCAUGCCCAUACCAAGUACCAGGAUACGACAGCAUACUUGAACGAUUCAGAACCCAUUCAAGCAUAUCCAUUAUCGGGGUACUAUCGUGAUAUUCUCUCGUCUCGCUCUCCUUACAGAGGCCAAGCAAGUUCCUCGCGUCUUAAUUCUAAAGAAUUGGAUGACGAGUCGUCAACAUCUUCAGUCGAGCCUCACUCGCCGCAGGACAAGAUGUCAAUUGUAUUUGGCACUCGCCUGGCUGGCCCUGGUCGCUCUUCACGGUAUAACCCCGUUUCGAUGCCGCCAGGGUCUACAUGGAAAACUAUAAAUGGGGUUGCGAUACCACCGCGGCCAGAGGAGCCUGACAAUUGCUGCAUGAGUGGCUGUGUGCAUUGCGUCUGGGAUGAUUUUCGUGAUGAGAUGGAAGAUUGGGCGGCGAAGAUCGCGCAGGCUAAGGCCAAAGGGGCUUCGAAAGGGCCGACUGGAGAUUUGCUUCACACUCCAAGGGCAGAGGUUGCUUCUGCGAGCACUAGCAUGGAUGACGAUGGAGGAGGGAGUGAGACAAAUUGGACCAUCCCCGAUCAGGCAGACGAUCUGUUUGCCAGCAUCCCAGUUGGGAUUCGAGAGUUUAUGAAGACGGAGAAAAAAUUGAAGCAAAAACACCAACACUAUGGAGAAGCGCCAUGA